AUGGGAAAGGAUAUAGGAAAAGACAAUACCAGGAACAAGCCCCAGACCACAGCCGCUUCUUCUACAUUAUCGCAAGACACCACUGUGAACAUUGGGAACAUUGCAUCCCUACCUGCUCGCAAGAGGGGCGCUUCAGGGGCAACUGCGAAGAAGCAAAGAGGAGGGUCACGGCAGAGUAGUCCAGUGCCUCAAGUGCCGACAUCAGCAUCCACUGUUCCACCUCCACAGACUGGGCCCUCUGAACCGUCCAUCCUUUCUCAUCCCCCAUCAGGCUCAUCUACCAGUUCGUUCCUGCUCUCUCAUUCGCAAUAUCCACCCCAAUCUCAGCUUCAUGCACUGUCUUCGCACCCAUAUCCACCCCUGCAGCCACAGUCGGCAGCACAAGGCGCCGCGCGACAAGCAGCGUACGUGGACUCAUUGCGUCAGCAGCAAUACGCUGCGCAACAAUACCCCCUUUCGAAUCCUUCCGCUCAGGACGGAUAUGGAAAUUCAGCAUACGACACUGCAGAAGAUUCUGCAGCCAGCGGUAGCGGCAGCUGCAGCGCAAGUCGUCCCUCUUAUACGCGUCAACCUUGUGCGACACUUCCGGCUCCUACCUCGUACGAUCGCGAAGCAAGCGUUGGUGGCACGUUCGGAAGAGAGAUUUAUACCAGCAGAAUAACAGGCAUCAGUAGUGGUAUGAACAUACCCGACUUCGCGAGCAGAUUGAGCAAUCGCCGUGGUGAUGCCGCACUUCAAGGAUCCGGGCAGGAUCCUAGUGUCUCGCCAACCGCACCCAUGCGGGCAGGGCUGAGGCCUACGUUCGCGCCUACGCUCCCUACUGCAUCACCAGCAAGCGCUAGCGCAGUAUGGACACAGGAUUUUGAUCAUGAUGCAAAAUCCGCCAACAGUGGAGCUAGGGCCGCCGUUGCUGAAGAGGCAAGUGCAACAAUUGAUGCUGUGGAAUGGCGCUUGAUCGAGACAUACGUCGCAUUCGUACAUGCCCACUGGCCGAUCCUGGCGGUCAACAAGCCGAGCUUUCACACUGAACCGCGGGGACCAGCUACCAGCGCUGCACAGGUGCCGCUGCAGGCAGCUGAACCAAGGAGAGACGGCGCUUCCAUUGGCCUUGCUAACCAGCAGCAGUGGUCGGAACAACAGCCUCUAGUCACAUACAUCGCAUCGCUGAAGACCAGCAAUCCAAUUCUGUUCAAUGCGGCUCUUGCUGUGGUCAGCGCGACCUUUGAAGCUGAGAAGGACAUGAAACCUCGGUCCCAACUCAGCUCUAUGGGCUCCUUGGACCCGCUCAAUGCUGGUGACUCAUUCACUUUAGCGGGGACAGCGGGGGGAUCUUUCGAUGGCCCUUCUCCGGGACCAGGAGGAGUUAUGCAAGAUGUCUCGGUCGUGACGAGAGUCAGUCUGUCACAAACGCUUGGCUUACCUGCAACAGGAAAAGACUUUGCCGUUGGCGAGCAAGCAUCACAAGAUUCUGCAAACAAAACGCUUAACGGGUCGGACCCUUUUGUGCGACAGCAUGCUCGCCAUACAGGAGAUCCGCACGACUUGUCGCGGUCCUACGCGGAUGAAAGCCGAAGCGCCAUCCUUCCGAUUGCCCAUACGCGUCUCUUGUGGGUCGUACAAACGCUACUUCUUCUAGCACUCGCUGACCUCGGAGCGGGAAGGAUGGCACAGGCCUUCAUGAUGAGCGGUAUGGCUUGUCGGCUUGCGCUCGAUAUGAGUUUGCACCGCGUGGAGGGAGAAACGAUUCUGCGAAUGGAACGUGGACAGGGGGAAGAUGUGGAAGAAGAAAUCACGUUGAGGCGCCGAGCGUUUUGGGCGUGCUACAUUCUCGACAAGGCUGUGUCUUGCGUCACCGAGAAGCCAUUCGUGCUACGAAGCUCUGACAUUGACGUCCCCUUUCCCUCGACCAACACUACCGACGAAGUUGAGCUUUGGCUCAACACGACUAGCGCGUCAUUCGUGCAACACCGUGCGAUUCCUGAGCUAAAGCUGUCUCGCUCUUACCGGAUCUCUGUCUUCGUUGCUUGGGCAAAGCUGAUGAUCAUCCUCGAGUAUAUUCUGGAUGAGCUCUAUUCACUCCCCGCAAGGAGAUCAGCUCAAGCCGGCAUGGCCGCAGACAUGCGGCCGCUGAACGGGCGAGACGCGGGAGAUAGCAUGGAGAUGAAGUUCCGAAGCAUGUUGCGACUGCUGGGCGAGUGGGCAGAGGAGCUGCCUGAGGAGAUCCGCUGGCAUGGACUCUUCCCCGGCCACGACAAUGCUAGUCGGCACGCCAGGACAUCAGGCGCCAACCCUCAUCGCGGCGUUGGACCCAACGUUUUGACGCUCAGGGCGUGGGCUAGCCUUUGCAUGCUUGCACUCCACCGGCCUUUCAUUCCGCGUAACGUGUCAAAUGGAUCUCAAGGUGAAGCUGUCUCAAGUCUUUCAGCCUUGUCACAUCCGGCACAGGCGUGCAUUUCGGCGGCAGACGAAAUUCUCAACUUGGUUGAUGCGUUCGAGAGCACGUUCCCUGUGCGAAAAAUUCCGUCAGGCUGGGUCUUCCUCGUCUUCUCCAGUGCCACGAUUUACUCUUCAUUUGGAACAGCAUCCAUGCCACAACAACCCAUCUAUAACGGACUCGUUGACGCCACCAUGCAACAGCAGCAGUAUCGUCUGACGCACGACACCGCGCUGCAUUGCCAGCGCCAGUUAAAUCGCUGCAUCGAGCGUCUCAAACGUAUAUCAGAGACUCACAAGGGUGCAGCGCCGGACGUCGAAAUUCUGCGGAAUCUCAGCGAUGUCCGCAACAGCAUCGCCGGUAGCAGCAACGCUGCGGAGUCUACCUCUCAGAAGGCCAAUCUUACCUCUUCCACAAGUGCGGACGCGCCGGCAUUCUAUCCGGCGCAGCCUCCUCCACAUUCUGCAUUUGCUACAAGCCAGCAGCAACGACAACCGCAGCUAGGUCCGUACGAGCAUGCAAAUCAGCACUCAGCUCAGCCGCAACAAGAAAGUCGCAGCGCAUACGAUAGCAUGAACGAAGGGUUCAUGCUCGAGGGGUUCUGGAACUCAAUGCCAUUUGGAGAAAGUUGGGACAGUUGGCGGAGCUACUUCAACCACUUGCAGCCAACCAUCACUGCGCCCGUCUCGUCGUUCCCGCAAUAA